AUGGUCCUAUUGUCUUGUACGUUUUCUAUGUCUUCACCUGUCAGCGUCCACGUAGCCGAGAGGAUAAUGUGUGCGGUUGUCGGACCAUCAGGGGAAUGGAAGGAACGAGUUCGAUUCUCCCGGUGGUUUUCGACUGAUGACAAGUGGACUUUGGAACCAAGAAGUUCUGCUCACCUAUUGGGGUCAGACAAUAGACCUUAUUGA